GGGAAUCUCGCGAGGGUUGGAGUUUUGGCGAGAGUUUGUGGAAGAUGGCGCCUGUUGUGACAGGUCAUUGAAAUUAUGAGACUAUCAUUCAAAUGGAAGCAUUAUAGUUCUUCGGAACCAUUAUGAUCCCAAAAGAAAAGGAGAGUGAUACAGAUACUGGCUGAGGUGUUUUGAGGUGCAUCGAAGUGUUCCAAGCUGGGACUUACCUUAACAUGUUCUUGAAGUACCAUGGCGUGGAUUAAAAGGAAAUAUGGUGAGCGGCCUCCACCUCCACCUAAACGACUCACUAGGGAAGCUAUGCGAAAUUAUUUAAAAGAACGAGGUGAUCAAACAGUACUUAUUCUUCAUGCAAAAGUUGCACAGAAGUCAUAUGGAAAUGAAAAAAGGUUUUUUUGCCCUCCGCCUUGUGUAUAUCUUAUGGGCAGUGGAUGGAAGAAAAAAAAAGAACAAAUGGAACGCGAUGGUUCUUCUGAGCAAGAGUCUCAACCAUGUGCAUUUAUUGGAAUAGGAAAUAGUGACCAAGAAAUGCAGCAGCUGAACUUGGAAGGAAAGAACUAUUGCACAGCCAAGACAUUGUACAUCUCUGAUUCUGACAAGAGAAAACAUUUCAUGUUGUCUGUAAAAAUGUUCUAUGGCAACAGUGAUGACAUUGGUGUGUUCCUUAGCAAGCGGAUUAAAGUCAUCUCCAAACCCUCCAAAAAGAAGCAGUCACUGAAAAAUGCUGACUUGUGCAUUGCCUCAGGAACAAAGGUGGCUUUGUUUAAUCGACUUCGAUCCCAGACAGUUAGUACCAGAUACUUGCAUGUAGAAGGAGGUAAUUUCCAUGCCAGUUCACAGCAGUGGGGAGCAUUUUACAUUCAUCUCUUGGAUGAUGAUGAAUCAGAAGGAGAAGAAUUCACAGUCCGAGAUGGUUACAUCCAUUAUGGACAAACAGUCAAACUUGUGUGUUCAGUUACUGGCAUGGCACUCCCGAGACUGAUAAUUAGGAAAGUUGAUAAACAGACAGCAUUAUUGGAUGCAGAUGAUCCAGUGUCACAACUACAUAAAUGUGCAUUUUACCUUAAGGAUACAGAAAGAAUGUACUUGUGCCUUUCUCAAGAAAGAAUAAUCCAGUUUCAGGCCACUCCAUGCCCAAAAGAACCAAAUAAAGAGAUGAUAAAUGACGGAGCUUCGUGGACAAUCAUUAGCACAGAUAAGGCAGAAUACACAUUUUAUGAAGGAAUGGGCCCUGUCCUGGCCCCAGUCACCCCUGUGCCUGUCGUAGAAAGUCUUCAGUUGAAUGGCGGCGGGGAUGUAGCAAUGCUUGAACUUACAGGACAGAAUUUCACUCCAAAUUUACGAGUAUGGUUUGGGGAUGUAGAAGCUGAAACUAUGUACAGGUGUGGAGAGAGCAUGCUCUGUGUUGUCCCAGACAUUUCUGCAUUCCGAGAAGGUUGGAGAUGGGUCCGGCAGCCAGUCCAGGUUCCAGUAACUUUGGUCCGAAAUGAUGGAAUCAUUUAUUCCACCAGCCUUACCUUUACCUACACACCAGAACCAGGGCCAAGGCCACACUGCAGUGCAGCUGGAGCAAUCCUUCGAGCCAAUUCAAGCCAAGUGCCCUCCAAUGAAUCAAACACAAACAGUGAGGGAAGUUACACAAACGCCAGCACAAAUUCAAGCAGCGUCACAUCAUCUACAGCAACUGUGGUAUCCUAACCACCGUCUUUUUGCUAAAACUUAAAACUGACCUUAGUGCAGCAAAAAGUUGUCAAAAAAGGAAAGAAAAAAAUGAAUGAUCUUUUGUGGUUUCUUGGGAAAACUUUUCAUACCAAGUGAUUCUAUUCGGAAGCCCCGUUACAUGCAAGUGCUGAUUGGAGAUGCAGAAGCCACAGCAAAACAAACAAAAGUGUCAAAGUGUACAAACUGUUGGAGAUUGAGUUUUUCAGCUGUUUUGUUGUUGUUUGGUUGGUUUUUGUUUGGUUUUGUUUAAAUGGGCAAGAAAUAGAUAUGUGGCUGGUAUAAAGUUAAGCAAACUAGAAGACACAAAUCUAACAUAGUUUUUAUGGACCAAGGAACUUGUAUAAGCUUUAUUAGUAAAAGGUACAUUUUCACCAUACCUUUUUUAUAUCACAGUAUAUAGUACAUCUUAUUACCAAAUAGGUUCUUCUCCCCGCCCUCUUUGAGCUUUUGCUCUGAAGUAAUUCAGGUUCCAAGCUUGACCAUGCUUGUUGAAUAAAUUACCAUACCCAACCAGGUUCUUUUGGUCUAAGGCUGGAACUUUUUUUAAAGCUGAAGUCUUAUGACUUUUCAUGAGUUAAAAUUAUUCUGAUUUCAGCAAGUCAAAUCUUGUAAAGGCCUGCAUAUGUUUUUUAAGAUUAUAUGAAGUCUGUGCAAAAGCUUUAAAGACAAUGCCUCUGCCUUGCCUGCAAUACAUGCAAUUGUAUGUUAACUUAGUCUCCUUCUUUAGUCACUGUCGGCAGUUAUUUGUGUUUUCCUUUUUUUAAAAAAAUGUAUUUAUAGUGGUAAUCCAGGAAGCUCUGGCAUUCACAUGCAAUUCGUGGUGGCCAUGUAGUCAUCAUUAAUGAGUUAAUGGCACAGAAUAUGUUGAUAUUGAAGUGUCCUCUCCCCUUCCCAUAUGUAAUCCAUCUGUGUGUUCCAGGAUUUAUUCAGUUUUCCCUUCCUCAUAAUGGUGUACAUAACUUGUAUUAUGUGUAAGUUAAACUUUUUUUUUUAACUUGGAAUUCUCCCAGCAAUUUUAUUCAACAAGGUGUUUUUUUGCAUUGUUGAAAAAUGAUUUUAAAAAAUCAUGAGAAGUAUUUGCUACCAAAUGGUAGAUGAUGUCCUUCUGGUAGAAUAAGGAAGAUCUCAGCAAAAUAUGUCAUAUUAUUGUUACUUCUUUGUCUUUAUUUUUUUUUGCCUUGGGUAGACCAUCUCUGUAAUCUUAAAACAUAAGAUACUUUUAGUAGAUGGUCAACUAGAAUAGCUGGAAGACAGUACCGUAGGAACAGAUGGCUGGAAGUUUAUAAAGAUGCAAGUGUAACUUAUAUUUCCAGUUUUCUUCCGCCUUUUUUGUUUUCUCUUCCCAAGCACGCAGUGUGUCCACAAACGCCCCUCCUUGGGAAGUGAGCCUUGCCCUUUCAUUUACGAAGUGGCUGCACUCGGGGUUGUACUGGCCUUGCGUGUUGAUCUUGCCACUUUUGCUUCCGUUCCCACACUUUGAUCAUUACACUUUUGUUCAGUUUCUUAGAAAUUGCAGCAAACUCAUUGAGCAACAUUAGUGCAGUAACCGUGUGUAACCGUGCAGGACACAGUCUAGUGAUACAAUCAUCCUUCUUAGAGUAAAAACUACCUCUAGAUCGUGGUAAGCUUUUACUGUCCCAUAAUAACAGGAGCCACAAGUACCUUAUGGCUGCAAAACUGUAGCUUCUCCAGUGUUCCCGGUGUUCUAUUAAUGUCCUGGGCUGUUUUAAGUUUCCUUUAACAGACUUUGAAGAUCAUUUUUCGGGACAUUUUUUUUUUCCAGCUUUGCUGUCUUCAUCACUCCUUCAUUUAAACUAUGCCACUGUAAAUACUUUUCCUCUCACCUUUAAAUUGCCUUUUCCUCAGCUUUCAAGGGGAAAGUCAUUUGUAAAACGUGAGGUGGUUAAAUCAAAGUUACCGCAGUUUUCUCCUGCUGCGAGCCUUUUUAAUCACCCCAGGAUGCAUUGUACUAUAAAUAGCCUUUUCUCUUCAGAUCUGCUCCAGGGACUCUGGGGAAUCAAAUCCUGCCUCACACCGUACACCUGUUUCAGUGAUCAGGGCAGAAUGCUUUGUGGCCUUAUCUUUCUUUGUUGGAACCGCUCACUGGCUGCUACUGGCAGACUUGCUUAUUUGAGUAGUAUUUAUUCUCUCUGUUGAGUCACAGAAGUAGUUAUUACACAGUGCUUUUGGUUUAGUGUGAAGAUGUUCUCAGUGCUGCUUGAUUUUUUUUUUUAAAUGGGCCACAAGUUUCCUACAUUUCUUGACUUGGUAUUUAGUUAAGUCAUAUUAAAUUAACUUUUAACAAAUGAGAUGCUUUUUGAAGUACAGACUAUUCCUUACUCAGUUUUUGGGUCAAAAUAAAUUUUCAGGUUCAUGGCUUUAUUAAAAUGAACUUUGGUUCUUAUAAACAUUUAUAUCUUAUUUUGGUUCUUUUUUUUCUAAUAAGAUUGAAAUAUUAGACUGUAAACCUUUUUCCUGUUUUUUGUUUUUGUUUUUGGAAAUCCAGGAAUGUACCAAUAUAGGCAUUUUCUCCAUCUAUUUUAUGCCAUUCUCAUACCACAGACUGAAAGAGUGAAAUGAUUCCUGUUAUAGCUCACUGUUCGUCAGUAGUAGUUUUGUCAACUGCUUUGAAAAAACUUCACGGAUUUGUGAGUCAUUUUAUGCUUCAGUGUAUAACUUCUGAGCGCCUUGUCCUCCCCUUACAGUAGGGUAUGUCCCUCCCCCAUGGUGGCAGUAUGAGAGGGGUCAGUCAUUCACCCUUACAGUGAUUCUCUGCAGUAGAGAAUUAUUAUUUACAGUAUCCUUGAUUUUUUAAAAAAUUCCGUUUCAGAAGAAUUUCUUAUUCUCUUACAAUUCUAUGCAGUUUCUCAAAAUAGAAAAGCUGAGCAUGUGACCCCACCAUGUUUUUACUAGUCUCACUGCAUUUGUCACGUGGAUUGGGAAGGCAAGCUGCAGAUGCUAAAGUAGAAUGCCCUUUGUAGUUUGAAUGAGAUCAAAGUUGAGCACUAGUACAGUAUUCAGCUUGCUGCUGACUUUUGUAAACCGGCAACUAAAGGCAUCCCAUCCGGAUUUAACUAGUGAAAUAUUAGUCAUCUCUUACUGCACAGACCCACUUGUCAUCAUAACGUACGUUUGUUUGCCUUUGUUUUUAAUGGAACUGCUACCAUCUGUGAGCUCAUAGAAAAUUCCAGUGCCAUCCCAGAGAACUAGCCUAACUAGUCGAGUUAACCAGAAAAUCUGAGGGGAGGGGUUCCCUUUUCAAACAAACUCCUGUUCAGUUAUUAACCAAGUUAACUUACUUUGAUUUCAAAAGCAGCUGUGUUUCUGAUGAGUACUGAACAAAUGUGUUUAAUUUUCUGUGCCAGACUUUUGACCUUGUUUUCAAGCACUGUACUGUGGGAUGGAUGGUUAGAAACAAUAAUAUAUUAGGGUCUCUAUUUAACCCUUUCAGGACUGAACUGUAUCGCCUUUCAUUAAUUUUUUCCUGUGUCGUGAUAAAUGUUUGCCAGCAUUCAGUACUGUGUUGGUCCAGAUGUAGUUUUAUAUUCUCAUGUUUAGUUAUUUCUUGUACCUUGCAGCAUGCUCUACACAUUCAGUCCUUAAGGGGUUUAUUUUACAAACUGUGCGCCUGUAAGGUUUAUUAGCAAUAAGAUAGAAAAUCGAGCAAGUUUAUACCAUAAUUUUGUAGAAAAAAGAAAAAAAGAAUCUGCUCAGUUCCAUAUUUCACCCAUGAAAACCUGCAAUACGGGCAGUUUCAAGGAAUAAAUAAAAAGAAAUGUAAAACCAUUGUAAAAGUGUUCUGUUGAAUGUGCCUGAUGCAUGUCUUUGAUUUCAGAGAACUUCAUAAAGAUAAAAUUAAAUUCUG